GACUUCUCAUAUGUACUUAUAUCAGAAGAGCAAUAUAAUCGAAGCUGUUCCACUUUAUUAUGUGACGACAUAUUGCAUGUGUACAUAAUUCUUUAGAUUAUAUUCGAAUUGAUCUGGAAGCUAGGCUAUUUAAUAACAAAUGCAUGCAACGAAGGGAGUGGAGCAACUCGGGAGCGGAGCACCUUCAUCACUGCACCCACAACUCCUGGCGCGCGUGUGGUGGAGCUCCGUAGCUGGAGAGAUCCGAGCGUAUAUCGUGGUGUUAUUCAAACUCUCCUGGAAUCUCUCCCUGUCUGUGGUCUGAUAUGGCUAAUAACCCGAGGGUUAAGCACGUUUUCUUGACGGGUCCACCAGGGGUUGGAAAAACAACAUUAGUGAGAAAAACAUGUUCAGAGUUGAUGUCAAAGGCGAUUCCUCUCCAAGGUUUCUACACAGAGGAACUGAGAGAAGGUGGAAAGAGAACUGGUUUUGAUAUCAUCACAUUGGAUGGACAAAGAGGCACUUUGGCAAAAAUAGGAGGCCAGAAAGGGCCAAAAGUUGGACAGUAUACAGUCAACCUCCAGUCAUUUGAAAGGUCAGCAUUGCCUGUACUGCUGCCGAAGAAAGAUUCCUCACCAAUCUAUGUAAUUGAUGAGAUCGGUAAGAUGGAACUUUUUAGCCAAGGCUUCAUCCAAGCAGUUAGAAAGCUUAUUGAUCAACCCAACACAACAAUCUUUGGAACCAUUCCAGUGCCUAAAGGAAGACCUCUUGGUUUAGUGGAGGAAGUCCGCAGCAGACCUGAUGUGCAAGUCUUUACAAUUUCUAAGGACAAUCGUGAUGGAAUCAUAGAAGAGAUCUUAAAGGCUAUCAAUCAAGCAAGGUCUCAAGGGAAAACAUGAUGAAUAUAUGUCAUAGUGUGGAUCAAGCACUUCACUAUAGUCAAGAAUACAAUCUGAUCUAUGUCUCUACUGGGACAAGGAAGGACUCGUUCCGAACAAGCCUCCACAUACAUGUAUGGACGAGAGGUGGACAAUUUUGUGGCUAAGUGGAGCUCACCAAACAUGUUAUAGCAUUGCAUGUCUUUUAAAUGUUGAAUGGCUAUUCAUACAAUUUUUAUGAGAACCUCAAAUAAAAUUAAGAUAUUUUUUAUUAGAUACCAAUAUCUAGUGUUUAUGAUUAAAAUGAAGAUUACAACAUAUUGAUUCAGAGGUACAUUCUAGUAUUACUGCCAGUCACUUGGAGGCAUCGUUCCCAUACAAAUCAUUGUGUAUCAAUGUGUAGCAUAACAAAUAUCAUCCAGUAGCAAGCAAAUAAGGCACCAAUCACAAAGUAUUUGAAAUAAAGAAAUUAUGAAUUUAUUUUUCAAACUGUACAAAUUCGUCUUAAAUGGCCACCUCUUUUUGUGUUUCAUAAUCAGACAUUUUCCACCAAUACAUUGUAUCAGUAUCAUAAAGAUCAUACCGCCUUUUUAUUUGGAAGUAAAAACAAGGGUUGCUACUCUCGUAAAAAUUUAUAGGCUGAACUGUCAAUUUAAACAUCGUACCAUGCAAUGCAGAAAAGACAAUUUACUUAUUUUUAGGGGCUUGAUUUUUUCACAACACUUAUUAUGAUGAAGGACAAGAUACAUGAAAAACAUGGAUAAUGAAAUCUUUCCAUAUUAAACUUUGAAGGUUUCUGUCGUAUCUACAUGACUAAAUAAGUGGUUUUAAACACAACAAAAGGGUUGAAAUGAAGAACCUAAAACUUAUAUAAUAUCUUUCAAUAUGUGCCCUGGUAUAUUAAUAUCAAUGAAAUAAACCUGAAUGUGAUGUUCUUGUGUGCUACUGCUAUCAUCCAUUGAGGAGGGUAUUGAGAUCAAUAUGCUAAUACAUCUAUUCUUCCUUUGAAAUCAGUGUAAUGGACAAACAAACUUUGUUGUUUGAAAGACUCAGAAUGUGCCUGAUAAUUGACUCAUGCUCUCACUUCGCAGUAUCAUUUAAUAAAAUUCAAUUUCCUGGUUAUCUGGACAUCCUUAUUAAAAAGAAAAACCCAACCUAUCUGCAACUAAUAACGCUUCAGAAAGAUGCAAUAAUAAAUCAAGAUUAAUAUGCCUUUUCAAUCACCAUUGAUGAUGGUGCUUCACGGCAGAUUUCUUACAUGAUAAUUACACUGUUAACAUGCUACUUGAAAUAUUAUCAUCAGUUUCAAUGUCAUCUUAUUUUGCUAAUUAUUUAACAAUCUUGCCCAUGUAGCUGUCAUUAAAAAAAAAAGACAAUUUCUAAGAUAACAAA